UCGGCUGUAUCUAGUAGCAUACGCUGGGAAUUUUAUCCGGCCGUGACCUUAGGGCACGAUUUGCAUUACUGGCCCUGGUAUUAUUUGUGUUGCUGGUGAGGGCCUAGUGCCUGGUGUGUCGGUUGGCAUCUGCCCCCCUCCCCUUGUCAUCAUGCCUCCAAAAAAAGGGGUAGGCAACAGCAAAGGCAAGCAGCCUGCUAAGCGCCCCAAAGUCAGUGGGCCUCCCCCUGAUUCGUCCUCUGAUGAGGAGGAUUCAGGGUCGCUCCGGCAGGAAAUUUUGGCCAAGUUGGCCUUAUUGGAACGGGCAAAGGGGGUUUCUUCUGGUCAGGUAGUUCCCGGCAGGGCUGGUAGGGCUUCUAAGAAGGUUUCCCGGGCCACUUUUCAGCGCGAUGUCCUCACGCGUCUUUCUGUUCUGGAAAGUUAUACAGGUGGUGAGAUGAGCGGUGCGGGCGUGCUUCAGGAAGAUCUGGACCGAGCUGGGCCUUCGGCACGGGCAGAGGAUGACACAGCCGAGGUGUCGGAGGUUCCUCCAGUAGCGGUGGCAGUGGAUCAAGUGGAGCCCGAGGCAGAUGGAGCGCUUUCGCCUGCUUGCACCCGGCGCAGACCCCUCGCCAUCUCUGAUGCCUGUGGAGUUGUGGAGUCUUGGAGGGACGAAGUGCACAGAGCCAUCCGUCUAGCCAUCGCACCCAGCACGAGGAGAGCGUAUGAUCGCGCUGUGCGGCAGUUCAUGAGCUUCCGUAUUGAGGCUGGUUUGGAGCAGUGCUGGCCCAUUCCGGCUGAGCACCUUAUGCAAUUCUGUGUUGCGAGAAGGGCUGGCGGCCUAUCCGUUAAGUCCAUUCGGGGGCUCUUGGCUGCCCUGGCCUUUAUUAGCAAGGCUAGGGGAGUUCCGGAGAUGACCGGCGACUUCAGGAUUCGUAAGAUGCUUGAGGGUUGGUCCCGGGAGGCUGGCGCGCGGCAGGAUGCUAGGCAACCUAUUUCGCCAGCCAUACUGAAAGGAUUGGUGGGCGCCUGGCAGUCGGUUUGCCUAUCGGGCUAUGAAGCGGCGCUCUUCCACGCGGCGGCGCUUACGGCCUUCUUUGGGGCUCUCAGGGUUGGUGAGUUGGUGGCUCAGUCUCGCUUGGACCUCUCUCAGCGGGCGUUGCUACUUCAGGAUGUUCGGUUUGUGGGAGAGAAAGUCUCUUUAAGGAUCCGGUCGUCCAAGACUGACCAGCAUCGUAAAGGGUCGACUGUUUGGUUGGGCUCUUGCGCUGACGCCGAGUUGUGCCCGGUUAGGGGCUUGCGGGCGUAUCUCGAGAAGAGGGGAGAUGGCGAGGGUCUUCUCUUUCGCCAUUGCGAUGAGUCCCCUCUCACCAGGUAUCAGUUCUGGUCUGUCACUGGGCGGGCCUUGGCUAAGUUGGGCCUGGAGGGCUUCAAGUUUGGUACCCAUUCUUUCAGAAUUGGGGCGGCUUCUACCGCCGCUGCCAUGGGAUACACUGAUGCGGCUAUUCGCAGGGUUGGGCGGUGGCGUUCGGCGGCUUACCGGGGGUAUGUCCGCCCUCUGCCUGCCCCGAAGUGAGCUGUGUUGACUGUUCUUUCUUUUAGGUGCUGUGGUUCGCCGUGGGAGGUGUCGGAUCCUCAUCUGCGGGCACAGCAUGGUCUUCUGGGCCGCCCAUCAGGCCAAGAGGACCCACCUCGGAUCCCAGCUUGGCCUCAGCCGUUGGGCCCAGAUCGAGUGGCAGGGCCGUCGGGGCCUGCGUUGGCCGGGCCUGUUGCCUCUCCUGUUUGAGGGAAGGUCUGCCCCUCCGCCUCAUUUUUUAGUUAUACAUUUAGGGGGUAAUGACUUAGGUUGGGUCAAGGGGAAGGCUCUUACGCUGCAAGCGCAAGCUGACCUUCGGUUUAUUUUGAGCCGGUGGCCGGGCGUUCUUAUUAUCUAUUCGGCCAUCCUCCCCCGGCGUGUAUGGAAGGAGGCUUUGGAUCAUGAUGCUGUCGAACGGACUAGGCGUAAGGCCAAUAAGGCCAUGUUUAAGGCUUUGGGUGAGGGCCUGGGGGUUUAUUUACCCCAUCCUCAAAUUAGGGACACGUACGCCGACCUCUUUAGGGGGGAUGGUGUUCACCUGUCCUUUAAAGGUAAUGAGAUCUUUCUUACGGAUUUGCGGCAAGGGUUGAGGUUGGCCCUGCAGGAGAUGUGGGGCGUUAGGGCCUAAGCAGAGGCUUGGCCCUAACGGUGGCAGGUUAGCUGGGGUAGGCAGAGCGGGCUGGUGAGCACCCGGUGGCACAUCCCCAUUGGUGGGGAAUGGGGGUCUGUCUCGGAUCGGCUGGCGGGCCUUACGGUUGCCAGCUGAGAGGGCAGACUGCCCUUGGGACCCCCCGGAAAAGGCAUUACCUCGGGCCUUACGGCUGGGGUGUAUGGCGCUUUAAAGGGGGGAACCAUUAGCCUGGUCGGCUGGGUUAUAGCCAUGCAGUGGAUGGCUUGCGCCUAGGGCAGGGGGUGCUCGCCCAUGCAGUACGAGGAGCUGGUCACAGUGACCCCCUUGCUCGAACUGUACCGCUAGUUUCACCCUUGCCGUUAGUUAAGUCCUAGUUCAAGUGUUCAGGUUGAAUUGGUCAAUAAAAGGCCCUGUUUCACCCAAGCCUUGUGUCCGUCUCUUCUUUCCGAAUAUGUGGGCAAAUAGGCACUCCCGGUGCGCGUGCGCGCGCGCGCUUACCCGGGUGCCUGGCUUUGCCCUCAUGCACGGAGGGAGAGCGGCUGGCUUUCCCGGGCAUCCGGGAGCCUGACGUGGGCGUGGUUUCAGAGCCGUUAUUGGCUCUGCCCGCCUUCCCCCUCCGUGCAGUUGCUGGCUGGCUCGUCCCACCCUCCUCACCCUUGGAUUGGCAGUACAGGUACAGCCGGUCGCCGUUUUGGGGCCAGGUAGGAAUUUUUUCACCCCUCACUGGAUUGGCAGUUUGUGGGGGGUGUUUUUCGCCUACCUUGUACUGCCUGGGUUUGGGUGUAGGUUUUGUUGUUGGCAGGUUAGCUGGGGUAGGCAGAGCGGGCUGGUGAGCACCCGGUGGCACAUCCCCAUUGGUGGGGAAUGGGGGUCUGUCUCGGAUCGGCUGGCGGGCCUUACGGUUGCCAGCUGAGAGGGCAGACUGCCCUUGGGACCCCCCGGAAAAGGCAUUACCUCGGGCCUUACGGCUGGGGUGUAUGGCGCUUUAAAGGGGGGAACCAUUAGCCUGGUCGGCUGGGUUAUAGCCAUGCAGUGGAUGGCUUGCGCCUAGGGCAGGGGGUGCUCGCCCAUGCAGUACGAGGAGCUGGUCACAGUGACCCCCUUGCUCGAACUGUACCGCUAGUUUCACCCUUGCCGUUAGUUAAGUCCUAGUUCAAGUGUUCAGGUUGAAUUGGUCAAUAAAAGGCCCUGUUUCACCCAAGC